AUGAGCAACCCAUUCAUCUUGUAUUACUAUGGUGAUAGUCUGGUGAGACAAGGGCAGUCACGACUGUUACUUUGCAGAACACGAAGCGAUAAGUCUGCCCUCGUAGACUGGCUUAAAUUGCGACAAGAACAUAUCGACAAGUUCAAUUCCAAUAUCCUUACCAUCCUUGACUGCAAAUACAGAGUCGUUCCAACAGGCAAAGACAGAUAUCCCAUACUUGAAGAUGACUUAUGCUCCAGAUCCAAGAGCGUAGUCCAGAUUCUUAUUGCUCCAAAGUCCUCCCAACAGAAUGCGACACCGUUUCCUGAAAUCCUGGCUAAGACCUUGAAGGCCAUGUUAGAAUCUUCGACAACUGGUGUAAUUGAUAUGAAGUACCUUGAAGGAGAAAUCUCGAGGCAUCCGGAGCCGGAGUACAUUGCGAAGCUUUUUAGUUUAAGGCCUGAUCAGGAAAACUUAAAGCUCCAGGUUUACUCACGUGAGAGGCAAGGCGCCUUCGUGGAAUCGCGAUAUGAUCCGUGGGUACCUAGCAAUGCAUCCAGACAUUUGCGCAUUAAUGUUUUGCCAAUCACUUGGGCGGAGGUCGAUCUCUGGGAUGCGGAAGCUGAACUCAAGGAUCUCCUUGACGUAUUUGAAGUACACUUCGAUUUCAUGAUUGGAAGUAUUUUCAAGAUCCCCGAUACUCCUAGUGCGCAAUCUACUCUACAGUUGCGCAUUGAUCAGCAAAUCGAGCAAGUGGGACCUAGAGGGCUUUUGAUCGUUGUUUACAACGGCCAUGCCAAGAGGACAAGUGAGGGCAUGAUUAUUUCUGGACAUAGAAGUGGCGGUCAGACUGUCAACUGGACCGAGAUCACACACACGCUGAACGUUGCAAAUUGCGAUGUUGUUCAUGUGCUUGAUUGCUGUGACGCAUUAAGUGCGACUAAAGGCACACAUGCAGAAAAGCAAUCACAGGCUGAUAUAGCGGUCGCAGCUGACUUAAAGACAAACGAAUUCGAAUUCCAUGGAAUCAAUGAGACGCUUGCUGCCGGCGCAAGAGAGGAACAAGUACCAGCCGGUCCAAACUCUUCUAUGAAGGUCUUCGCCGAGGUACUGAAUGAGAUGGCUGUACAAAAAGUCCCUAUCUCGAUACUAUCAUGGCACCAACAUAUCAUUGCCAAAAUGGGAGGACUAAUAACAGAACAAGGUGGCUUAAGACAUGCAGAGCCUCAUUAUAAGAUAAAUCCUACGGAUUACGCUGGGAGGGGUAUAAGCCUGCAAGUAAAGCAACGACGGUCGACCAUGUAA